UACUGGUUUUUGUUUUUUAGAUGCUAGAAGAACAAAUGGAUAAAGAAUUCAAAAAACAGAAAGAAAAAGCAAUAUCUGAAGCUGAAAAUCAACGAAAAAAUUUACAAGAGCAAGUGGAAAAGUUACGAGAAUUAAGGAAAAAAAAAGAAGAAAUGUUGGCCAAAAACAAAGCUGAAUUUUCCAAAACUGAUGGUGUUCCAAGGGAAACUGUUUCGGCAAAUUCUGCUUUGAAAAGAACUACUGGCCAGAGUCAAAGCAGCUCAAAGCAUUCAAAUGCAAGUGAGUAUUCUGUGCCUCUUUCAAGACAGACUUCAUCUGAUAGCUCUAGUCGUGGCUUAGUGAGGUCUCAUUCUUCUCCCAACAUUGCUCAAAUGGUUAAUCAAGAAGAAAAUAUACAGCGAAAAAUUCCAGUAAUUGAUAGGAGCUUGAAACCGAAAGUUAUUCCUAAUUAUCAACUGGCCGAAAUACACAGAGCAAGACUUCGGAAUUUAAAUCCUGUAUAUGGAAAUUGUCCUGUGCGUCCUGCUACUGGUUUAAGAAAUUUAGGAAAUACUUGUUUUAUGAAUUCCAUCAUUCAGUGUCUGUCCAAUACCAUUCCAUUAGCUGACUAUUUUACUACUGGUCAAUACAUGGAUGAUAUUAAUCGGGAUAGUCGGCAGAGUGGUGAAGUGGCAGAAGAAUUUGCUGUUGUUAUCAGGGCUUUGUGGAUGGGCCAGUACAAAUCAUUUUCUCCCAAAGACUUUAAGAAUACUGUUAGCAGAUGUUUGGCUGUAUGUAUUGGAAAUGAACAACAGGAUUCACAUGAAUUCCUAGUAGUUCUGAUGGAGAAAUUGCAUGCAGAUUUAAAUAAGAGGCAUGGAAGAUCAGUAACAAAGCUGGAAGAAUCAGCAGAUGAAAAUGCUUUCUGGCAACAUCAUAAAAGUUAUAACUUUUCUAAAAUAUCUGAAAUUUUCGAAGGCUUGCUAAAAUCAACAUUGACCUGCUUGUCAUGUAGGAAAACAUCAGAUAAUUAUGAAGUUUUCUCCUGUCUUUCUCUUCCUAUUUUAGGCUCCAGAUGUUCUUUAAAAGAGUGCUUUCAAUAUUUUUUGAAAUCCGAAAAGAUAUAUGGUGAAGCUGCUUGGGAUUGCCCCAGGUGCAAGCAAAAGAAAGAGGCUGAGAAGCGCCUGCGUAUUUGCCGCUUGCCAAAUAUUUUGGUCAUUCAGUUGAAAAGAUUUUCCUACGAGGGCUUAUGGAGGAGAAAAUUACAGACUCACGUAGACUUUGAUCUAGUUUUGGAUGUGCCUUGUGAAGAAAAUGGUGAAGAAUGCCUCCAGUCAUAUAGUUUAUAUGGUAUUGUGAAUCAUUAUGGUACUUUGGAAGGAGGACAUUACACAGCGUACUGUAAUGCAUUAUCUAACAAAUGGUACAAAUAUGAUGACCAUGAAGUCUCUGAAAUUAAUGUAUCUGAUAUAAAGACUUCUGCUGCAUACAUCUUAUUCUAUCAAGCUGUGAACUUGCAUUCCAAUUUGUAGCCAGUCUUCUGUAAUAAUAUUUGAAAGAAAAGACUUAUUCUGAAAAACCAAGAACAAUACAUUAACAAUUUGUAUAUUAUUUGUAAGUUUUUUAUUCUUAUAUUUCUGUAUGAUCAAUAUUGCAUCACAAACUAUUCCAUGUACUUUAAAUGUAGGUAUUAAUUGCAUAUAUUUUUAAAAAAUGUUUUUCCUCUGUGAUACGUUAUAAUAUUUUAUUAACUUGUAAAUAAAGAAAAUAUUUAUUUUAUGUUUUAAUAUAAUAAUACUUUUAUUAAAUUUGUUUUCCAGCUAUAGAUCACUACUCAUUUGUUUAAUUCAUACUCUUGUUUAUACAAGCACUGUACUAUGUAGUAAUUUUGUAAAUUGUGUAGAAUAAGAUAUAUGAGGAAAUAAAAAAAAAAAAUUAAUUCUAUAUA